AUGGUACCUAUAAGUCGUCAAUCACUACAAAAGAUCCCUUUUUCUUACGCCUCUUGUUCAAUCGGUUGUAAAGCAAGCGACACACUUCCGCGCAGACUUGAAGCGAUCAGCAAUGCAGGAUUUCUCUCAAUUGAGCUUUCGUUUCCCGAUAUCAUCGAAUAUGGAUCCCAAUUAGUGGGCCAUUCCAUCCCACCUGAAAAUUUCUCUGAGAUCAUACCUGUUGCUUCGGAUAUCCGCAAACUGUGUGACGCGAAUGCCUUGACUGUUAUGAUGCUGCAGCCCUUUGCAAAUUUUGAGGGUUGGCCAAAGGGAUCUAUUGAACGGGAGGAUGCAUUUGCGAAAGCGAAGGGUUGGAUAUCAAUUAUGAAAGCUGUUGGAACGGACUUGUUGCAGGUUGGAGCAACCGAUACACCGAAAGACAAUAUAUCCAUAGAAAGGGAUACCAUCGUCUCUGAUCUACGAGAACUGGGCGAAUUGCUCGCGGAGAGUGAUUUCCGCCUCGCAUACGAGAAUUGGUGCUGGUCCACUCAUGCACCGGGUUGGAAGGAGGUAUGGGAGAUUGUUCGAGAUGUGAAUCUUCCAAAUGUCGGACUUUGUCUUGAUACAUUCCAAUCUUGUGGAAGUGAGUGGGGCGAUCCUACCACAUCAUCGGGGUUGAUUGAGACGGUGCCACCGGAGCAGCUUCAAGCAAAUUUCAAGGCUAGUAUGCAAGAACUUAUUCGAACUGUUCAUGCAGAUAAGAUCUAUUUGCUCCAGAUUUCGGAUGCAUACAGGGUCUCCCCACCGCUAGAAAAUAAAGUUUUAGGCGGAUUACGGCCACGGGGUCGCUGGAGUCAUGAUUAUAGACCUAUGCCGUAUGAUGGGGGUUAUUUGCCCAUUGAGGAGUUCGCGAAGGCUGUGCUGCAGACAGGGUUUAAAGGAUGGUUUUCUAUGGAGAUUUUUGAUGGAGGGCCAGAGGGUAAGGGGAGGAAGUAUGAGAUGGAUUCUUUUGCGAAGAAGGCAAUGCAGAAUAUGCAGAAGUUACUGGAUCAUUGUGCUACGGAGUGA